AUGUUUAUGUGUUUACUAGCAAGAGAAUACGAAGUUGAAUAAAUUUUAUUAAUUUGGGAUAAGAUUUUUGAGAAGUUCUAGAUUUAAAAAUUAAAAUUUUUAGAUGCUCUGAUUUUAACAAUGAUGAUCUAAUUAAAACCUUAAUGUAAAAUAUAAUUUUUAAAUUAUAAGUGCUUAAGAUUGAACAUAUAAACAAUUUUGAAGUUUUAUUGUUAUUUUAAAAUUAUCCAGCAAAGGAUAAUUACUAAUAAAUAAUAGUAUAAGCAGAAAAAAUAGAAAGUAAGAAAUAAUUUUUAUAUCAUUUUAGGAUAAUUAAGAGUAUUGGAAGGAAUAUCAUGGAUAGAGAUAAUCAAAAGAUUCAAUUUGGGCUACACUUUAUCAUAGUAUUUUCAGAAUAAUUUGAAUUAUUGA